GGUAGGAAACCCAGUAUGUGGGAUAACUUCAGUCACAAACAUCCAGAAAAAAUUGAGGACCACAGUUCGGGUGAUGUAGCCAAUGAUUUUUAUCAUAGUUAUAAGGAGGACAUAAUUUUGAUGAAAGAAAUGGGAUUGGAUGCAUUCAGAUUCUCCAUCUCAUGGUCUAGAGUAAUACCUAGUGGUAAGAUCAGUGGAGGAGUAAACCCACUAGGUGUCAAAUUCUACAACGAUUUGAUCAACAACCUCUUAUCCAACGGCUUGCAGCCUUAUGUGACUCUAUUUCACUGGGAUCUUCCACAAGCUCUUAUUGAUGAGUAUGGUGGAUUCUUAAGCCCAAAUAUUGUGGAUGAUUUUUGGGAGUAUGCUAACUUUUGCUUCAGAACAUUUGGCGAUCGAAUUAAGCAGUGGCUGACCAUGAAUGAACCAUAUGAAUUUAGUACAUAUGGAUAUGGCUAUGGUUAUUAUGCACCAGGUCGAUGUUCUAACUACAUUGGAAAUUGUACGUCUGGGAACUCGGCAACCGAACCCUACAUAGUUGGCCACCACCUGAUCCUUUCCCAUGGAGCAGCUGUGAAGUUGUAUAGAGAGAAAUACAAGGCUUUUCAAAAGGGCCAAAUUGGGAUCACAUUAUCGUCAAAUUGGUUUGUGCCUAUUUCUCAAAAUGUCGCCAAUCGAAAGGCUGCUUUAAGGGCUAUUGAUUUCAUGUUGGGAUGGUUCUUACAUCCAAUGACAUAUGGUGAAUAUCCUGAGAUCAUGCGGUCUUUGGUGAAAAAUAGAUUACCAAAAUUCACCACGACACAGUCUAAGAUGCUGAGAAAUUCUUAUGAUUUUCUCGGCAUGAAUUACUACACUUCAUAUUAUGCUGCCAAUGCUAUGCUUUUAACCAGUAUGAACUUGAGCAUGACAACAGAUAAUCGUGUUAUAUUUUCCAGCCAGAAAGAUGGAGUCCCCAUUGGUCAGCCGACCGAUUUGAGCUGGCUUCACAUGUAUCCAAAAGGGAUUCGAGCGCUUAUUCUAUAUAUAAAAGAUUACUAUGGAAAUCCACCAAUUGUCAUUACAGAAAAUGGGGUUGGAGAUGCAGAUAAUAGCACUUUACCAAUUAAAGAAGCCUUGGAGGAUAACUUGAGGAUAUUGUACCACCAUGGACAUCUAACAUAUCUCUCAAAAGCUAUCAAGUGAGUAUUUGCAAAUGGCCUACUAAAUUCCAAGCCAUCUUUUCAUGCAUCACAUUUUAUACUAAAACUUGUAAUAACUUGUAAUAUCAACAGUUG